CCCUACCGUUCCCGAUCUGUGACUACCCCCUGCCCUGCCCAGCCCACUGUCGGCAGUAUAUAUUUCAGUUUAGGUUAUGUUUCUCUUUGACGUUGAGGAUGGAUGUAAACGGAGACGUGAUUCCAAAUGGAAUAGAAGAAGACGAUGAACCAGAUGAAUUCUUUUUUGAAUCUGAUCACUUAGCACUGAAAGGGAACAAGGAUUACUUGUCGUUGUUGAAAACAUUAGCAAUUCUUCAAGCGCAACGAUCGCGGGCGCUACAGGACUUGGACACCAUUCAGAGUAUUAAACAAAAAGCACUUGAUAGUCCUGAGGGUUUCAUUGCAAUACUUGAGGAGGGAGGAGAUCUGGGAGUUCCUACUCGACAAAUUUUGGCUGAGGUACCUAACAUUGACUGGACUGAGUAUAAUGCAACGGCACCCAGCACCCUUGUUUUGCGACCAGCAACAAGGAGAAACGUUGUCAACAAUAAUGCUCCAAAUGCCAGUAAAAAGCUAAAGGAAUUUGAGAAAAGUGGAGAAGUUACUGUUCGUGGGCGCACUUUCACUCAAAGUAAACCUGAAACAUUCAACCAGCUUUGGACCGCUGAUGAGCAACGACGAUUAGAGGAACUUCUCAUUGAAUAUCCUCCUGAAGAAAUUGAAUCACGUAGAUUUCAAAAAAUUGCUGAAGCUCUUGGGAAUCGCACACGAAUGCAAGUGUCAAGUAGAGUUCAGAAAUAUUUCCUCAAAUUGAUGAAAGCUGGAUUACCUGUGCCAGGCCGUGCUCCAAGGGCUUCCGCUGAUACUCAGAAGAAAGGUACACACAGUCGACAACGCUCCAAUCAUUUCCUUACACGUCCGUCUACAUUUUUCCCUCAACAUCAAGAUUUACCUGUGUAUAUGCCUGAAUAUGAUGAAGAGGAGCUGCCAGACAUAGUAGAUAAUCAACCUACCAUCAAGACAGAAAUCAUGGAUGCGUCUCUGUGUGAAGAACAAAGAAAGUUGCAGUUGUUACAAAAAGUAAAGAAAGAGAAAGAAAGUGGCAACAUGCACAGUGGGAUUCAUUCUGGAUUCAAGUGUGACAUCUGUGAGGAGGAGCCUAUUACUGGUACACGCUGGCAUUGCUUUGACUGUCCAGCAAGUACGUCUGUAGACUUUUGUUCUGAUUGUGUUGUAAGUCAAUUGGAAUCUGCUACACACCACCCUCUGUCCCACCGAUUGGAGGCCAUCAACGAGGUCACUCCAUCAAGUAGUGAUGUGUCCUAUGAUCCAGAUUACCUACCUCAGUCAUUUUCCCAAAGCUAUAACUAUCUGGAUCCCAAUUUUCUGCCUCACUGAUGUUAUCAUGGCAACCACAAAUGCUGUGAUAUAAUUUUAGUAGUAUUAAGUAUGCUUAUUUAAUUGUCAAAUUUGUCCUGAGUAUUGUUAAUAUUUCUAAAAUCUUAACUUUUUUCUAUUUCUGAUCUGUGAUGACCAAUUUUCUUGCAUUGUGAAAAAAUAUGUUGGUUAUUCAAAAUUAGCAAUUACUCUUUUACUUGAUUAUCUGCAUGAUGCUUUGAGAUGAAAAUAUGAAAUACACCUAGAAAAGAAUUCCAA